UCAGCUCUCCAGCUUUCUUUCAUUUGACAAGCAAAAUAGGGCUAGCUUGAGUUUGGUCGCGAGAAAAGAAUAACUGUACGUGUUGUCUUCACUUGUAGACCGCAAAGAUGUCCGAGGAACGAUCUGAAAGGUCUGAUGGGAAGAUUGUGAAGAUGGAGGUCGACUACAGUUCAACUGUAGACCAGCGUCUCCCGGAGUGUGAAAAAAUGGCCAAAGAGGGCAAAUUGCAGGAGGCCAUCGAGAGCCUGCUAUCAUUGGAGAAGCAAACCAGAACAGCGUCCGACAUGGUGUCAACGUCCAGAAUUCUUGUCGCUGUCGUCCAAAUGUGUUAUGAAGCCAAGGACUGGGAUUCCCUGAAUGAAAACAUCAUGUUACUCACCAAGAGGAGGAGUCAGCUCAAGCAGGCUGUUGCCAAAAUGGUUCAAGAAUGUUAUAAGUACGUGGAUGCUGUGACUGAUCUGACCAUCAAGCUGAGACUUAUCGACACCCUUCGCACCGUGACGGCUGGCAAGAUCUAUGUAGAAAUCGAGCGUGCCAGGCUAACAAAGACUCUGGCUAACAUAAAGGAGCAGAGUGGAGAGGUCAAAGAAGCUGCUUCCAUUCUCCAGGAACUUCAGGUGGAGACGUAUGGCUCCAUGGAGAAAAAGGAGAAGGUGGAGUUUAUCUUGGAACAGAUGAGGCUUUGCAUUGCCGUCAAGGACUACAUCCGCACCCAGAUCAUCAGCAAGAAGAUAAACACCAAAUUCUUCCAAGAGGAAGGCACAGAGGAGUCGAAGUUGAAGUACUACAACCUGAUGAUUCAGGUGGACCAGCACGAGGGCUCGUACCUGUCUAUCUGCAAACACUACCGGGCCAUUUACGACACCCCCUGCAUCCUGGAGGACAGCAGCAAGUGGCAGCAGGCCCUGAAGAGUGUGGUGCUGUAUGUGAUUCUCUCCCCUUAUGACAACGAGCAGUCAGACCUCGUGCACAGAAUCAGUGCAGACAAGAAAUUGGAAGAAAUCCCUAAAUACAAGGAUCUUCUGAAGCAGUUCACAACAAUGGAGCUGAUGCGCUGGGCUUCCUUGGUGGAGGAUUAUGGGAAGGAGCUGAGAGAGGGGUCACCAGACAGCCCCGCCACAGAUGUGUUCUCUUACUCAGAGGAGGGAGAGAAAAGGUGGAAAGACCUGAAGAACAGAGUGGUGGAGCAUAACAUCAGAAUAAUGGCUAAAUAUUACACCAGAAUCACAAUGAAGAGGAUGGCCGGACUCCUCGACCUCUCCAUUGACGAAUCGGAAGAGUUCCUCUCCAGCCUAGUUGUGAACAAGACCAUCUACGCCAAGGUCGACCGGCUUGCUGGCAUCAUCAACUUUCAGAGGCCCAAAGACCCCAACGACCUUCUCAACGACUGGUCGCACAAACUCAACUCUCUCAUGUCCCUCGUCAACAAGACCACGCAUCUCAUUGCCAAGGAGGAGAUGAUCCACAACCUGCAGUGAAACAACAACCGUGCACGUUAUUUUAUGUUCUGAUUCAUUUGUUUUUUCCCCUUCUGUGGGAAUGUUUUUGAGUAUGUGGUAUUUUGGCCGACUGUUUAUGCAGUCUAAUUCCAAUGUUGUUUAAUUGGAAAACAUCUACAAUACAAAAACUGAUUCCCAAGAUUGUUGUUUUUUACUGUCCAGUAAAACAUUAACAAUAAACACCUCUCAUUCUUUUGAAUCUCCAUCUCUGUGUUAUACAAGACUGGAUCUCCACAUAUGUUACUCUUGGCCUUUUGAUGGAGUACUUAAACAACCUUUCAAUGUAUGCUUGGAAAUGUAAACAAUAAACUCCUCGCGUUUGGUUAA